AUGGCGGAGUCGCCGCCUCCGCCGCCGCCGCCGCCGGCGCAGCUGUUCCUGGAGAACGCGACGUGGGACUACGACGAGGUGUGGGCGCGCGCGCUGGCCAACGGCUCGGCGGCGGGCGCGUCGUCGCUGUUCGAGGUGCCCGCCGGCGUCAUCGUGCUGCUGUCCGUGUGCUACGGCUCCAUCUCGGUGGUGGCCGUGCUGGGCAACGCGCUCGUCAUCUGGAUCGUGGCCACGUCGCGCCGCAUGCAGAACGUCACCAACUGCUUCAUCGCCAACCUCGCCCUGGCCGACAUCGUCAUCGGUCUCUUCGCGAUCCCCUUCCAGUUCCAGGCGGCGCUGCUGCAGCGGUGGAACCUGCCGCACUUCAUGUGCGCCUUCUGCCCCUUCGUGCAGGUGCUCAGCGUCAACGUCAGCGUCUUCACGCUCACCGCCAUCGCCGUCGACCGACACCGCGCCAUCCUCAGCCCUCUCAGUGGCAGGCCGUCCAAGGUGCUGGCGCGGCUGGUGGUGGGCGCCAUCUGGGCGGCGGGCGCGCUGCUGGCGGCGCCCAUGGCGGCGGCGCUGGGCGUCUCGCUGCUGCGGGUGCAGGGCGCCGCGGCGCCGGUGCCCUUCUGCCACAACGUGCGCCUGUCCGAGCGCGCCAUGCUCGCCUACCGCCUACUGCUGGUGGCGCUGCAGUACGCGACGCCGCUCUGCGUCAUCACCGCCGUGUACGCGCGCAUGGCGCUCCGGCUGUGGGGGCAGCGCGCGCCCGGCAACGCGCAGGACACCAGGGACGCCGCGCUCGUCAGGAACAAGAAGAAGGUCAUCAAGAUGCUGGUGAUAGUGGUGGCCCUCUUCGCACUCUGCUGGCUGCCCUUGCAGACCUACAACCUGCUGCAGGACAUCUAUCCACAGAUCAAUGGGUACCACUACAUCAACAUCAUCUGGUUCUGCUGUGACUGGUUGGCGAUGAGCAACAGCUGCUACAACCCGUUCGUCUACGGAAUCUACAACGAUGCGAUCCUGCUGUUCCACCAUGGAGGACUGUUACGAAGGAUCAUCAGACUUUAUGGAAUCUUUGUGGAGCCAUAUGCAAACAAGAGGUCCAUGGUCGAUCAUGCAUAUGAUAAGCCAUUUGUACUGUAUGAGGUAGGCUGGCUGGGCUAA